CAGGAAUUCUGCAUUUAUGGUGUGCGUGUGUCAUGAAAUGAGUAGUUUAGCUUUGGAUGAAAGUGCCUGGAUGGAACUGGAUGGAAACCAGGAGGCCACAAGGUCCUUGCCAGUUAUCGGGGUGGAUGAGGAUAAAGAGGAGAAGGAAUGGCACCCUACCCACCUGCGCACAACUGUCCUGCGUGCCUGUUCCCUGCGUCCAAAGGGAACCACAGGCACCAGCCAUGCCUAUGUUGUGAUCCAGCUGCAAAAGCAGAAGUUCCGGACAUCCACAGCACCACCCAGCCUGAGUCCUGAAUGGCAGGAGGAGUGUAUCUUGCAGCUGCCCAGUGUGCUGGACGACUCAGAAGAGCAGAGCCUCAUUCUUACCGUUAUGCACCAGUCCUUGCAUCAUUUCAACCAGUUCCUGGGCAGAGUCUGCUUGCCUCUAGCCCAGCUCUUUCAGGACAAAACAAAGAGAAGGAAUGAGUGGUUUGUGCUGCAGUCUCGGCCUGGAAAGAAGGAGAAGAUGAGAGGACAGUUGCAGCUCAGCCUCCAAUUCCUACAGAUCUCAUCACCACCCAGUGAGCCAGCACUUAAUUCUCGUGGGCCCUGGUCCCUCUUCACCAGAUUCUAUGGUAGCAAGAAGAGCAGGAGGUACAAGGUGUAUAAAGAAGCUCCAUCUAACUCAUCCAGCUUGACAAAUGAUGAGGAUUCAUCUUCUUCCAGCAUGAACCCUGAGCUAGAAGCUGCAGCAGAGAUGUCUGGAUCCAGGUUGGGCAGCUCCCUGCACAUGGUGGCAGCAACCACUUCUGGGAGAAAAACUGGCCCCAGCACUCAGAUGCAGAAGCUCAUCCCAUAUAACUACAAGGAACUCCCCUCGGAUGCAGGAUACCUGACAGCCCAUUCACCUUCUAUAAGUCAGUCAGAGCAUCCAAGUACCCUGGAGCAGUUUGGCAGCAUCUUUUCCCAAACACCCAAGAAAAAAUCUAAGCCUCUGAAAGAGGAGAGAAGUCCAGAGGCAGCAGGCAUUUGUAUGGAGGCCUGGCAAACCUCUCUUCCAUCACUCCAUGUAGCAGGACCCAGCGGCAUCGCAGCUCGGGCACAGACUGUCCACAUCUCCACAGUGAGCCUUCAUCAGACCACCCACAGCCCCACUGCCAGCUCCCUGACCAGCCACUUCCGCAGAUGCCAGCUGAGACUCCACAGGAGCUGUCAAUUCUGUCUUCAGUGUUUGGGCCAGGGCUCCAGCUCUGUCUCUACCUCUUCCGGCGAAAGAGACUAAUUGAAGUAGCAGCCAGUUGUGUACAAAUGCAUCAUAUUUAGGCAAUAUAUGUGUAUGUGAGCAUGGCUA